CUUGUGCUGUAGCAUGUUUCUGUACAAAGUUAAUUCUCUUUUUAGAAGAAUAUCAAUACUUGAAAAUAUUGGUGGCCAAAUGUUGCACUCCAACGAAAAAAAGUUUUUUACCUCCCCCUACUUCCAAACUUCGCAUGUCAGACGAUGAAGAAAAUCUAUUUAUAAAAGAAAGUUCGAUUUUACCACCGUUAUCACCAGAAUCUUACAUUUCCACUCCAUGUACAAAAUCAAUUGUUGAAACAGUUUCUGCAGCCUUUUGGAUUCCAUUUCCUUACAAGCUUAGGACUGAUUAUAGAAUGUUUUAUGAUUCUUAUCUGGAUCUGAAUUCAGAUUUGGCAAUUAAUUUUUCUGGAAGUAUAGUAAACACUGUUAAAAAUAUGAUUGCUAGUGACCAAUUUGAAUUGUCUAUGUAUGAAAAUGCUCGAGAAGAAACAUUGACUUUAUUAUAUGUUAACACUUUUGAAAAGUUUUUACGCAUGUUUGAGUCUGAGAUUAGAA